AAAGGGUGUGUCAUUGCUGUGACGUCAUCAGCGUACCUGAGUUUCGGCUUGGAGAAGUGGGCGGGGCGAGUCAAGGAAGAGAAAACAGCCCGUCGGAGUAGACAACCGUGUUGUGAUAUUCGCAUUAAAGCUUCCUUUGCUGGUUCGUCGAAAGAAUUCCACGGAGGUUCGUUUUGAGGGCAGCGACGGUUCACCCCCCCCCCCCAACCGCCCCAAACCGGACUCUUUUCUAGUACAGAGUCCAACAGGAAAAAGGAAAGGCCACUUCCUGGUUCGCGCAGUCGACAUGUCCGUGGCGCCGCGACGUGUCCGCCUGAAGCCGUGGCUGGUGGCCCAAGUGGACAGCGGGAGAUAUCCUGGCCUGGAAUGGCUCGACCGUGAGGCCAUGCGAUUCAAGAUCCCGUGGAAGCACGCCACGCGACACACGCCCCAGCACGAGGACGAGGACACCAUAUUUAAGGCGUGGGCUGUGGAGACGGGGAAAUUCCAAGAAGGAUCCGAUGAACCCGAUCCCGCCAAGUGGAAAGCCCAGCUCCGGUGCGCCCUGAACAAAAGCCGGGAAUUCAACCUCAUCUACGACGGAACCAAAGAAGUCCCGAUGAAUCCCGUAAAGAUUUACGACGUGUGUGACAUCCUGCAGCCUCUCAGCAACCCAGGAUCUGCAGACGCUGGUCCUUGGACUCCAGGCGAGGAAGACGCCGCCGAGGAAGAUGUUCCAGACACACCAGAAUCCCUCCCCCCGUACCCGUCCAAUGGUACGAGUCCGUCUCCGCUCAUAAUGUGGUCUCCCAUGGGCUCCGAGUCUUCCAUGCCACCCGCAAGUUGCCCCCCGUCCAAUGAGGUUUGGCCCAAAGAGGAACCGGCGAAAAUUUGGCCUAAACAGGAACCGGUGGAUGUGGAGAUGCAACAACCGACCUUGACUGCCAUGCCCCCGGCUCCCAUGUCGGACCACUCCAUGCAGGCCACACCUUUAGCAGACUCCUUUUUCGCCUCUCCUGAGAUGUGGAUCAGCUCCCUCCCAAUGACUGACCUGGAGGUGCAGUUCUUGUACCGAGGGAGGGAGAUGUGUCCCACCAUCACCGUCAGCAACCCGCAGGGCUGCAGGCUCUUCUACGGCGACCUGGGCCCCAUGGUCAACCAGGAGGAGCUGUUUGGGCCGGUCAGCCUGGAGCAGCUGCGCUUCCCGACCACGGAGAACAUCACCAACGACAAGCAGAGGCUCUUCACGAACCGUCUCCUGGACGUGAUGGACCGAGGUCUGAUCCUGGAGGUGAGCGGCCACGACAUCUACGCCAUCCGUCUGUGCCAGUGCAAGGUGUACUGGUCCGGCCCCUGCGCGCCCAACGCCGCCGCGCCCAAUCCUAUUGAGCGACAGAAAAAGGUCAAACUGUUUUGCCUGGAGUCUUUUCUCGGAGGCGUGAUCGCUCACCAGCGCGGCCAAACGCCAAAUCCGCCGCAAUUUGAAAUCAGCUUGUGUUUUGGAGAGGAGUGGCCUGACGGGAGGCCGACAGAGAGGAAACUCAUCAUGGUUCAGAUCAUCCCGGUGGUGGCCCGCAUGAUCACCGAGAUGUUUUCUGGAGACAACACGCGCUCCUUCGACAGCGGCAGCGUCCGCCUCCAGAUCUCCAUCCCUGACAUCAAAGACAACAUAGUGACCCAUCUGAAGCAGCUCUACUGCCUCCUGCACACCAAUCAAGGCCAGGAUGGCUGGGUUUUGCCUCCCGGUUCGGGCAUGAACCUCGUCCAGACCCUGCAAGGCCAGUGAAGACCGAGCAGCGAGAAUAUCUAUUCAUAUUUGGAAGUACGCGGCGUAUGUUUUUGAUCCGGCUCUACGGUAUAGUUUGUGUGUGUUGCUUCUCCUCUGCAUCGACGUACAGUUUGUGUGCAGCAGUGCUAGUUGGACAGACCAAAGUCCCGCCUGCUGCAAGGGAUCAUUAAACAUAGUUAAUAAGUUACAGACAUAACUCUCUUUAUCUUUAACAUGACUUUCAGGGAACGCAGUACCUUUUUUUUGCCCCUAAACUUUCCAUAUUUAAAUAUUUUAUAGAAUAUUAUAUUGUACAGCUGCCAAAACAACCUUCUUACUCUGCUUUGCUUGCAUUUUUUUCUCCAUUCACUGUAUAUUAUAGGAGAUCUUUGAGUAUAUACAAAUGCAUAUUGUUUUAAUUGGCUUAUUGUUACUAUCCAGCUUUGUGACAUCAUGGAUGCUACUGCACUUGGGGUGCUGAGAUGUGUUGUAUGGCGCCUUUUACUCUGUGAUUUUUAUGUACAAUAAACAUGUCAUACUAA